GACAACAAGAAAAACCCCUGUGCUGAAGUUUAGGGUAAGGGUUAUUAUUUAUGGCACCGCUCUUUAUAUAGUCAGUGACUUUCAUUGUGAUAUGCAAGACCAGCACUCGCCCCCUGCCUGUGAUUUUGUUGGUGUGAACUUGUGAGGGAGACUCACGGCCUGAGCCAAGCUUGCAGUGCCAGUGUGUGUAACGUGGUCUCUGUAAGGUUAUGCGCUUCUUUGUGACAGUAAUCUGUUAAAACGAUGAAGUGUCACUACGAAGUUCUGGAUGUCCCUCGCGAUGUCAACAAUGAAGAUCUCAAGAAAGCUUACAGAAAAGCUGCCCUCAAGUGGCAUCCCGACAAAAAUUUGUCGAAUCCUGACCUUGCCAAGGAACAGUUUCAGCUUGUGCAGCAGGCUUAUGAAGUCCUGAGUGACUCUCAUGAGCGUGCUUGGUAUGACGCUCACCGAGAUGCCAUUUUGAAAGGAGGUUUGGGAGGUGACUAUAAGGAUGACAGCCUGGACGUGUUCCCGUACUUCACAACGUCAUGCUUCAAAGGCUUCGGAGAUGAUGACGGUGGCUACUAUGCUGUUUAUCGUGAAGUAUUCAACAAGAUAGCUGCAGAAGACUCUGAGUACAUGGAAGAUGGAGACAGUGAUUUUGAAAUACCCUCAUUUGGCAACUCUUCAAGUGAUUUUAAAGAAGUUGUGCAACCAUUUUAUGCAUACUGGCAAGAUUACUCAACAAAGAAGUCUUUCUCGUGGCUAGACCAAUGUGACAUUAGAGAUCUUCCUAACAGACGCAUAGCCAAACUUGUGGAGAGAGAAAACAAAAAAAUCAGGGACAAAGCACGCAAGGAAAGAAACGAGCAGAUUCGCAACUUAGUAGCUUUUGUACGCAAGCGUGACAAACGUGUACAAGCUCAGGCUGAAAUAGUAAAGGCAGAGCAAGCUGAGAAGGCCCGCCUGCUUGAAGAGAAACGAAAGGAAAGGCUCAGGGAGCGUCUACAACAGGCAAAGGAAUAUAAGGAGACAGAAUGGUCUAAAUUUUCAAAUGUUGAAAAUGAGUUAAGAAACAUAGAAAAAUCUCUUCAAGCUGAGCAUGGGGACCAUGAUUCGUCAUCUGAAGGUGAAGCAGAUGAAAUGGAGGAGGAGGCUGAAGAUUUAAAUGCUCUAUAUUGCCCAGCCUGUCAGAAGUUGUUCAAAACCGAUAAAGCUUUUUCAAACCAUGAGAAGUCUAAGAAACAUAAAGAAAAUGUGGAAAUCUUAAGGCAAACAUUACUUGAAGAGGAAGAGGAGAAUGAAGGUGAAGAGCUCGAAGAUGAGGAGCUUGAUGAGGAGUUAGAUGAGGAAACUGGUGAUGAGCAGGACAGUGAAGAUAGACAAGAAGAAGAUGAGGAGAGUGGUGGGGAAGUAGAGGUUUCUGAUCAGAAUGGCAAAGCAGACAUGAAUGGGGCUAAAACCAUCAAAAAGAAUAUUGAAGAAAGUGAGGAGGAAGGAGAGAAAGUUCAGCUGGAAAAUGGAAGUGAUGAUUCUGACUCACCCCAGGCACCAUUAAAAUCUAAGAAAAGCAAAAAACAACGUAAAGUUUCUAUCAAUAGUGAUGAAGAGGAUGUGGAGGAGUUUGCCAUGUUGUCCAAAAAACAACGCCGAAAGCUUCAAAAGCAGAGAGUACCAGACCCUCAGAGUGACAGCGACAAAGAAGACGAGGCUGAACCCAAGAGUACAAAUGAUGCUGAUGAAGAGUCCAUAUCUGAGAAGCAAGAAAAUGUCCCCAAGACAAAACUAAAAGGAAAGAAAGCAAAGGACGCUAAAAGGCUGCAAAAGCAGACAGAGGCAGAGGCAGGAACAACAACCGAUACUAAGGAGGGUGUCAAUAUAGAAAAAUUAUCUUCUAUCAAAGUUCAAUCUAAAAAGGGUAAUAAAAAUGUUCCAGUUGACAUAUCUGUGAUAGAUACCGAGCAUGUAUGCGCAACCUGUGCUUCUAACUUUAGUUCAAAAAACAAAUUGUUUGAUCAUCUAAAGAAAACGAAACAUUCAGUUUUCAUUCCCAAAGGAAAUUCUGAGAUGAAAGAUGAAAAAAAGAAGGGCAAAGGGAAGAAGAAAUAAUAUUGUUCCAUUAUUGUGAUAUUGAUGCUUGGUCUCUAAUAAUUUAUUUUUGUCAUAAUAAUUCAAUCUCGCUGUUGUAAAGCUCAAAAACGUAGUCUCAUAAAUCUCCACAUGAUUUUGGAGUUUGACUCAUUUCCUAUAAUUUUUUCCUGCCAACCUGCAAUGUUCCACUUGAAUGAAAUAAAUCGAACCAUCUCUCUCA